AUGGCGCCCAACAAGAAGACCACACUACAGCAGAAAAUAAAGAUGAAAUGCCUAGUAUUCAUUGAAAUCAGAAAGCCGUUUCCAGAAGUUCGAAAAAACCUUCAGAAUGUGGCAUGUUCAUGGUGGCCUGAGUGUUUGUUUUCGAAGCUCGAAAUGCCCUUCAUUCUCGCUCGAACCCUCAUGGCUCCUACUUCACGGCAAAGUUUGCCAAGGGUAAUGAAGACAUCAAAAAGGCCACGCCCAGAAAAUACAGAGAAAAUACAGGAAAAUCUCCACGGCGGCUCCCCAAAAUGUGCCCAGAAUCGGCAAAGUAAAACUGUUGUUCAUUCCUUCUUUGGAAAGGUUAACUUUUUGCGAAGAUUCAUAGCUGAUUUUACUAAGAAGACUCAUCAUAUUGUUGAUAUGAUGAAAGGGAAAACUACUUUCCGUUGGAAUCCAGAAGGGAAGAAAAAUUCAGAGGGAAUUGAAUCUCCCAUUGCUUUCAUGAGCUAUCGUUUGAAGUCUCAUGAGCCCAAAGGCAUUUGGAUUGCCAAAAUCCAAGAAUAUGAUUUUGAAAUCAAGCCUACCAAACUUGUUCGUGGAAAGGGGCUUUGUCAGCUCAUUGCUGAAAAUGAUUCAGACAAGCGAGAACAAGAUGUUCCAAAAGAUCUUCCCGGGAUAUUAUUUGUUAGUAAGACUGAUGAAUGCGCAUUUGUCAUUCAAGGAAAAACGGAAUAUAAAGCUCAAGGUUGCAAACAUCGUCCUUUGGGACAGUGGUCUGUACAACAAUUUGUUGGUAAGCGAAAGCUUGCAACAUUAGCUCUAAAACGUGUGGUGAUCGAUGAACCCUUCCAACAGUGGGGAAUUGAUUUAAUUGGUGUUAUCAACCCUUCAAGUGUUGUUCACACAUAUGUCCUCACUGUAACUGAUUACUUCACCGAGUGGGUUGACGCUAUCCCAGUAAAGCAUGCUACUUCAGAAGUGGUAUGCGAGUUUCCCAAAGAAAAUAUAAUUUGCAGAUUUGGUGUUCCACAUACGAUUGUGACAGGCAAUGCAGCUGUUUUUUCCUCUUAUAAGGUAACUCAGUUUUGUUUUGAAUACGGUAUUACCUUGGCUCAUUCUUCUAAUUAUUUCCCUGAACGUAAUGGUCAACUGGAAUUGAGUAAUAAAAAUUUGGUGACUAUCAUACGCACGCUUGUAGAGGAGAAUCAAAGGUCUUGGCAUCAGGCUCUUUAUAAUGCUUUAUGGGUUCACAGAAUUACACCCAAAAGAGCUAUUGUUAUGUCGCCAUUUCAGCUUCUUUAUGGGAUUGAGCGUAAAAGUGGUCACUGA